CCCGCCCCAUUCUCCCGCUUCCAUAACCCCACCCCCGUCUCCCGCUUUCCAUCACCCCGCCACAUUCUCCUGCUUUUUAUCACCUCGCCCCAUUCCCCUCCUUCCAUCACCCUGCCCCAUUCCCCGCUUUCCACCACCCCGCCCAUUCUCCCGCUUUCCAUCAUCCCGCCCCAUCUCCCUCCUUCCAUCACCCCGCCCCAUUCUCCCGCUUUCCAUCACUCCGCCCCAUUCUCCCUCCUUCCAUCACCCCACCCCAUUCUCCCUCCUUCCAUCACCCUGCCCCAUCCUCCCGCUUUCCAUCACCCCGCCCCAUUCUCCCGCUUCCCAUAACCCCACCCUAUUCUCCCGCUUCCAUCACCCCGCCACAUUCUCCCACUUUCCAUCACCCCACCCCUUCUCUCUCCUUCCUUCCAUCACCCCGCCCCAUUCUCCCUCCUUCCAUCACCCCGCCCCAUUCUCCCGCUUUCCAUCACCCCUCCCCUUUCUCCCACUUUCCAUCUCCCCGCCCCAUUCUCCCGCUUUCCAUCACCCCGCCCCAUUCUCCCGCUCUCCAUCACCCCGCCCCAUUCUUCCGCUUCCCAUCAUCCCGCCCCAUUCCCCCCCUUUCCAUCACCCCUCCCCAUUCUCCCUCCUUCCAUCACCCCGCCCCAUUCUCUUGCUUUCCAUCACCCCCCCCCCAUUCUCCCGCUUUCCAUCACCCGCCCCAUUCUCCCGCUUUCCAUCACCCCAGCCCAUUCUUCCUCCUUCCAUCACCCCGCCCCAUUCUCCCGCUUUCCAUCACCCCGCCCCAUUCUCCCUCAUUCCAUCACCCCGCCCCAUUCUCCCGCUUUCCAUCACCCCGCCCCAUUCUCCUGCUUCCCAUAACCCCACCACCAUUCUCCUGCUUUCCAUCAUCACCCCGCCACAUUUUCCACUUUCCAUCACCCCCCCCCCUUCUCUCUCCUUCCAUCACCCCGCCCCAUUCUCCUUCCUUCCAUCACCCCGCCCCAUUCUCCUGCUUUCCAUCAGCCCGCCCCAUUCUCCCGCUUUCCAUCACCCCGCCCCUUUCUCCCGCUUUCCAUCUCCCCGCCCCAUUCUCCCGCUUUCCAUCACCCCGCCCCAUUCUCCCGCUUUCCAUCCCCCGCCCCAUUCUUCCGCUUCCUCAUCCCGCCCCUUUUCCCCGCUUUCCAUCACCCUCCCCAUUCUCCCUCCUUCCAUCACCCCGCCCCAUUCUCCCGCUUUCCAUCACCUGCCCAUUCUCCCGCUUUCCAUCACCCCGCCUCAUCUUUUGCUUUCCAUCACCCCGCCCCAAUCUCCCGCUUUCCAUCACCCUGCCCCAUUCACCCGCUUUCCAUCACCCUCCCCAUUCCCCGCUUUCCAUCACCCCGCCCAUUCUCCCGCUUUCCAUCACCCCGCCCAUUCUCCCGCUUUCCAUCCCCCCGCCCCAUUCUCCCGCUUUCCAUCACCCCGCCCCAUUCUCCCGCUCUCCCGCUUUCCAUCACCCAGCCUCAUUCUCCCGCUUUCCAUCACCCGCCCCAUUCUCCCGCUUUCCAUCACCCCGCCCCAUUCUCCCCCUUUCCAUCACCCCGCCCAUUCUCCCUCCUUCCAUCACCCCGCCCCAUUCUCCCGCUUUCCAUCACCCCGUCCCAUUCUCCCUCCUUCCAUCACCCCGCCCCAUUCUCCCUCCUUCCAUCACCCCGCCCCCAUUCUCCCGCUUUCCAUCACCCCGCCCCAUUCUCCCGCUUCCAUCACCCAGCCCCAUUCUCCCGCUUUCCAACACCCCGCCCCAUUUUCCCGCUUUCCAUCACCCCGCCCGUUCUCCCGCUUUCAUCACCCUUCCCCAAUCCCCCGCUUUCCAUCACCCCGCCCCAUUCUCCCUCCUUCCAUCACCCGCCCCAUUUUCACCCGCUUUCCAUCACCCCGCCCCCCAUUCUCCCGCUUUCCAUCACCCCGCCCCAUUUUCCCGCUUUCCAUCACCCCGCCCCAAUCUCCCGCUUUCCAUCACCCUGCCCCAAUCUUCCGCUUUCCAUCACCCCGCCCAUUCUCCCUCUUUCCAUCACCCCGCCCCAUUCUCCCGCUUUCCAUCACCCCGCCCCAUUCUCUCGUUUUCCAUCACCCCGCCCCAUUCUCCCGCUUUCCAUCACCCCGCCCCAUUCUCCCGCUUUCCAUCACCCCGCCCCAUUCUCCCGCUUUCCAUCAACCCGCCCCUUUCUCCCGCUUUCCAUCUCCCCGCCCCAUUCUCCCGCUUUCCAUCACCCAGCCCCAUUCUCCCGCUUUCCAUCACCCCCGCCCCAUUUUCCCGCUUUCCAUCACCCUGCCCCAUUCUCCCGCUUUCCAUCACCCUGCCCCAAUCUUCCGCUUUCAUCACCCCGCCCCAUUCUCCGCUUUCCAUCACCCCCCCCCAUUCUCCCGCUUUCCAUCACCCCGCCCCGUUCUCCCGCUUUCCAUCACCCCCCCCCAUUCUCCCUCCUUCCAUCUCCCCCCCAUUCUCCCUUUCCAUCAUCCCGCCCAUUCUUCCUCCUUCCAUCACCCCGCCCCAUUCUCCCUCCUUCCAUCACCCCGCCCCAUUCUCCCGCUUUCCAUCACCCCGCCCCAUUCUCCCGCUUUCCAUCACCCCGCCCCAUUCUCCUCCUUCCAUCACCCCCCCCAUUCUCCCGCUUUCCAUCAUCCCGCCCCAUUCUCCCUCCUUCCAUCACCCCGCCCCAUUCUCCCUCCUUCCAUCACCCCGCCCCAUUCUCCCGCUUUCCAUCACCCCGCCCCAUUCUCCCGCUUCCAUAACACCCCACCCCAUUCUCCCGCUUUCCAUCACCCCGCCCAUUCUCCGGCUUUCCAUCACCCCGUCCAUUCUCCUUCCUUCCAUCACCCCGCCCCAUUCUCCCUCCUUCCAUCACCCCGCCCCAUUCUCCCGCUUUCCAUCAGCCCGCCCCAUUCUCCACUUUCCAUCACCCCGCCCCAUUCUCCCGCUUUCCAUCACCCCGCCCCAUUCUCCCGCUUUCCAUCACCCCGCCCACUUCUCCGCUUUCCAUCAUCCCGCCCCCUUCUCCCUCCUUCCAUCACCCCGCCCCAUUCUCCCUCCUUCCAUCACCCCGCCCCAUUCUCCCGCUUUCCAUCACCCCGCCCCAUUCUCCCGCUUUCCAUCACCCCGCCCCCUUCUCCCUCCUUCCAUCACCCCGCCCCAUUCUCCCUCCUUCCAUCACCCCGCCCCAUUCUCUCGCUUUCCAUCAUCCCGCCCCAUUCUCCCGCUUUCCAUCACCCCGCCCCAUUUUCCCGCUUUCCAUCACCCUGCCCCGAUCUCCCGCUUUCCAUCACCCUGCCCCAAUCUUCCGCUUUCCAUCACCCCGCCCAUUCUCCCUCCUUCCAUCACCCCGCCCCAUUCUCCCGCUUUCCAGGAUGA